AACAGAUGCACAUGCAUCAAAACGCUAUCUUAUCAUUGAGAUUGUCUAAGGUAAACUCUGAAGCGACAUUUCCUCGUGGAAGUAAAGAAAACUAAGAUAUUUGAUUAAUAUUUCUCUGCAUUGUAAAGAAAAACAGUUGGAUUGAGAUCGUUUGAAGACGAAAUGAUGAUAACUUGGUCGAUGUCCAGGUUUGCCAGAUUAGUCUUCUAUCGAGAAAGCAUUCUUUGGCGCUGAUGAAACAGCUCAGAACACUUCGAUGAGAAGUAUGUGGAUAGCCAAGAUACUUUGAUGACUUCCAAACUAGAUGAAAAAUGUGACAAGAAUAGGAUGUUACAGGGAACUCCAUAAGCAGGUAGAGGCAUGCAUUCGCCCACGAAUCCUCCUCAACGUCAAACUAAAUGGAAAAGACGUCUGCAUAGUCUCCAGAAUUCUUUUCGAUCUUCUUUUCGAUCAAAAAGUAGCCAUUCAAGCAAGGACAUCAAACAAGACGAUCAAAUAGGAAAUGCAGGGAAUAAAAUCGAUGGGAAAACAGUCACAAAUGUGUCUAACGCUCACCAUGACAAUGAAGACAUGUACACUGAUUUAUCUUGGCGCGAAAAUGGGGCUGAACAAAAACACACCAAACUGUCAAACCUCAACAAAAAACAAGACAAUUAUAAGCCUAUGUCAACAGGCAAAGUACAUUCUAUGCAUGGGAAAACAUUCGUUGAUGGCAGGCGAAGGGAUAAGUGGAGAAAUCACUACUCAAAUAACAAUCUUUGUGACAUCGAAACUGACGAUUUUCAUGAUCGAAGGAUUAACAGUCAUUUUGACUUGACUUCAACAGCGAUCACUUCUAAACAGGAUCAUGACUCGGCCAAAGUAAAAACCACUCUAUCUCGACCUAAGAGCUUAAAUAUACUUUCAAGUUUGUUUAAUCGUUCAAGUGGACAAAGGACAAAUUCCAAACCGAAGCGUGGGAAAUUUAGAGCUGAAUCAUCCCAUUMCACAACAGAGCAGUUUGUUGGGCAGUGUUCGAGUUCCAGUGGUAAAGACAAUUAUGAUCCCGCGUCGAUUGAUUCUGGAGAUGAGUUUCUUGAUACUGAUGGUAGUUAUCUAAAUGUCAAGAGGUAUUAUUCACUAAAACGUUCAAGAGCAUCACUGAUAUUUCCACCCACUUCGGAACGAAAUCAUAAACCCGUACAAUUUCGAGAAAAAUCGAGUACUUUCUGUGGUGUUCAAGAGCCAGUUAAGUUUGACGGUCCAAACUGUAAUGCUAAUGCUGUAGUUAAUCACGCAAGAUUAGCGAAAACACGAAAGUCACCGAUUCGAAAAAGGCGAACAGUAUCGUUGCUCGUUCCACUUCCAUCGUCCUCGCUUGAGCUCCUCCAACCAGAAGUUGUUACAAAUACGUGUGUGCAACCACUUAUUGGAACUAAUUACACCCAUUUACGGUAUAAAGGAGCUGCAAUUAGUAAUAUUCGCUGUAUCACAAGGACUUUAAGCAUGUCAAAAUUUAGUAACAUACCUUCACUUGGUGUAAGUUAUGUUGAUAACAACGGCGUAGAGAAAACGUUAGUUAUUCUYAAUGGAAACGCAACCCAAAGUUGUUAUGAUUUGCUGAAACACAAGGAACGUUUGUCAAUACCUUUUAAGAUACAUCGUGGCCUCGAGAAGAGCCGAGAAUUAGUAAAUAUGGGUAAUAGCUCUGGAAGACUGGAGCGUUCAGCCUCGUAUGGCGAUAUUUUAGACCAUAGAGGUAGUCUUAAGCCUUCUAGUUCGACUCCUGACCUGUUCGUCCGASGYACCUCCUAUACCCUCACACGAGAUCCUAAUGUGAAGARAACUAAAAAGAUGAGUUCAAUGUUGAAAGGACUGUCUUUAAAGCGACAUACUUUAGCAGUUAAUUCUAAAAACCCAAAGAAAGACAAGGGUCGUAAGUUCUUUGGAUUAGAAAGUCAUCACGAAAAGAUCGAACAAGAUUACAACAGUCACUUAGGACUUCGUUUGGCAGGUUGUAAUAGCUUAAGCCGCAGUAUGGAUUGUUUAUCAGAUCUUCAGAGGACGAAAAUUCCACCUGUUCAAGGAGAUUCUGAUUUGUUUAGUCAUAAAGUUGGUUCAAAUUCCAUGAACCAAUACGAAACCGUUCAACCUAGAAACAGAGCAACAACAAACCCAAUCCUCGAUACUUUUGCUAGUGAAUCUGAUGGGGAUGAUUCCAGUGUAGCUUCCAACGAUUCAUGGAUCGAUUCUCCUAAUGUUAAAACAAUAAUAAUACGAAGAGGGUCUCAACCAAAUGUAAAAUCUAAUUCCACAACUGCAGACGAAUUACCGAGCAGCCUACCCGCKAACGUAGAAAAAUCUACUCGUCAGUGGAGAGGUCCACUUUACAACAGUACUCCCAUUGCAAGGAUGUCAACACUAGAACGAGAGAGAUCGAAAAGUGCUGUUUCCGAUGAUCCAGAAGUCCCUCCCCCUGUUCGUCCACGAAUCCAAAGCUUAGAGGAACUUUCUCCGGUGACUGCUGAAGUUAUCCUUAGAAAAAAGAAAUCACUUGCGAGUCGAAUAAUUAGGUUAAAACACAGUACUUCAGUUCCUGGAGAGGAGUACGUAACUGAGAAUAACAAUACUAAACGAUACUCCUUAGGAACCGACACGGGUGACCUUCUAGAUGGCCCUGUACCCCUGACUGCUUUUAAAUCUUAUAGCACUAACUAUCUAGAUAGUGAAGAAUCGUUGAACGAAGAUGGAUCUUCGACUUCACUUGUUUCUGAUAAGCAUCUCUCUCCGUAUGUUUCGCCAUUGAAAGUUUCAAUGGAGGACAUUUCAAAGUCUCCGACSAUUCACGAAGAAGUAGAAAAAGUCGACGAAUCUAGGAAGAGUCUGUCGAGAAACCCUAGACUCGGUCGUUCGACUGGAGACUUGUCAUUCGAGCCUGGGGGGACAUUAAAGAGAAAAACAAGCGAACUGAAUCCUUGGCAAGUAGAGGACAUGGACGUACCAGAAGCAUUUGCCGAGGCAUUAUGGGAUCACGUGACCAUGGAUCCAGAAGAGUUGAGUUUUAAGGCCGGUGACAUCAUCACUGUGAUCAGUAUGACGAACAUUGAUUGGUGGUUUGGUCAGGUUGGUGAACUGGUUGGUUGGUUCCCUGCGCCUUUUGUUCGGGUUCGCGUUUCGCAGACGUUAGACGAGUUGGAAAACCAUCUCGCUCCUCCAGUCAGAACAAGACGAUUCACUAAUGAAGGAAUGUUGACGAGAGACGUUGUACGAGCAAGAGUAGUCAAUGAAAUCCUAGAAACUGAAAAKUCGUACGUCAAGAAUUUAAAGGACGUUGUUGAGGGAUAUUUACGACAAGCYCAGAAAAGAAACGAAAUGUUUUUGGAAGAAGAAAUCUAUUUAUUAUUUUCAAACAUCGAAGAGAUUUACACAUUCCACCAGAAGCUUCUGUCUCAGAUGAAGAAGUGCUACGUGAAGGGCGAUCCUUGUGCUAGUCAAAUAGGAGCUGUCUUCUUAGAAAACAAAUUAGGCUUCAACAUUUAUUCGGAAUACUGCAACAACCACCCACAAGCGAUUGCAGAGUUUAAGAUUUUAAACGAAAAAGCAAAGUACAAGCACUUCUUUGAGGCCUGUAGACUGCUACAAGACAUGAUCAACAUCUCAUUGGAUGGCUUUCUAUUGACACCAGUGCAAAAAAUCUGCAAAUACCCGUUGCAGUUAGCAGAGYUACUCAAACACACUCAUAACACCCACAAAGACUACGAACCCGUUCGACAAGCUCUGGAGUCCAUGAAAAACGUCGCAGCGUUAAUAAACGAACGAAAACGAAAAGUCGAAAACAUCAGCAAAAUUGCUAAAUGGCAAAGUACCAUUGAGAACUGGGAGGGAGAAAAUGUGUUGGAGCGAAGUUCGGAGCUGAUUCACUCUGGUGAGGUGUAUAAAGUAUUCAAUGGAACGACGCAAGAACGCGUUUGCUUUUUAUUUGAYCAUCAGUUGAUAUACUGUAAGAAGGAUAUUCUMAGAAAGAACGGUUUGACGUACAAAGGUAGAAUUGACAUGGACUUGGCUCGGGUAGAGUGGCUGGAGGAUGGCGAAGAAACGUACAAAAACGAGCCACUCCACAACGCAUGGCGAAUAUUUAAUGCCGCUGACUCCAAAUGGUACAUAGUUUUCACAAAAAAGCUCGAAGACAAAGAAAAGUGGAAAGAUGCAUUUGAAACCGAAAAGAUGAAAGCUAAGGAAGAGGAACAAUCUGGUCUUUCAAUAUCACAAAGCACAAGAAGAGCUGUUAUGAGGUCUGCUAGUUCUUCUAUCAAAGGAAGAAAGGCAGCUGAAAAAAGAGAAAAAUUCCUGGGUCGMUCAUCGUCACAGACCGAUUUCCUCAAAUCACCUCCAUCGCCGAUUUUACGACUUCCGCCUGCUGUUUCGAGCGCAGAUUUUAUAAAAGAAGAAGACGCUGCUGURAARGAAAGUGUCUURGGCUUUCUCCAAAGAACAUCAGCAUUACGAAGAAGUUUUGGAUUACGAGGAAGUAAAAGAAAUCACAAAGACAAGCGAACUAGUUCCGUUUUCUAGAAAUUAAUAAAAUAAAUAAUUGUAGAUAUUGUAUAGUGCCCAGGCUCUUCCACUUUUAAMUGUGGCUGGYCAGGACCUGGGAAAUGAAACUUGGAACCUACCGAAAAAAAASUUAAAGAAAAAAUACUAAACUCGCAUUCUAUGCUGUUGCAGUUCAAUACUAUUUUUGCACAAGGCAGGCAAUGCCGUCUGAGAGGAGGAAURCCCUCAAUAUUCUUUUCACGUAACAAUCCAAAUGUGAAAAWUUCGAAAGGGCUGGAAUURUUUUCAGUAUAUUUUAUAGGUAUUAUAAAAAUAUAUGAAGAGAUGACACAUUUUCGUGUUGAGUGAAAUUCAAUUAUCAUAUAAAAAUCAUGCUUACUUUUUAUAAAUCAAAAAUUAAAGUUGGAAAAUUAUCAAUUCAUGAUAGGUURCCAAGUUUUGUUCAAAAGCAACAAGCUUAUGAAGGAAUAAAGAUUGAAUYAUCA